GGAGGUCAGCUGGAAACUGAAGAUCCUCUGAAUCCCAUCACAGGGCAACACAUUAGUUCUGGCAGCAUCACUACUCUGGGCACUGAGUCACUUAAUCUCAAGGGAAUUUCAGUCCCCAGGGUUGGAAAAGAUGUUUUGUGUCUUCACACAGAAGCCAUGGAGAGAAACAGUGCUGCCUUUCCGCAAGCGCUAGACCCCACACAUCACUUCCACAUAGCACUGCUGGAUCAGAGGCGGAGGCUACGUGGCCAAAUCGCUCACCUUCACAAGGCAGCUCAUAAACUCAACAAGCUCCGCAAGAGGUCCCUGAUUGCCAAUGUCAGCGGGAGCACCCUGACCGCCGCAGGAGCUGCCACAGCCAUCCUGGGGCUGUCCCUGAGCCCAGUGACGCUGGGAGCCUCUCUCCUGGCAUCAGCUGUGGGUCUGGGCCUGGCCACUGCUGGGGGGGCCAUCAGCAUCACGUCCGACCUCUCCUUAGUGCUCUGCAACUCCCGGGAGGUGAGGAAGGUGCAGGAAAUUGCAAUGACUUGUCGGAAACAGAUGAGGGAAAUCCUUGGCUGCCUGGAGUUCCUUCGCCGGGGGCAGGGCCCGGGAGACCCUACACUGUGCCAGUCAGAGAAGAGGGCCUCCAUCUCACUGUACAACUCUGUCUGCUUCAUGGUCUUCUGCGGCUCCCACAGCUUCCUCGUGCCAGAAUACACAAAGGAGGUCACAAAAGUAAGCCAGGCUGUGCUGAAGGCCAAAAUCCAGAAGCUGGCUGCCAACCUCGAGACCUGCACCAGGGCAAUGGAUGAAGUCUGUGACCUUCUUGAGUCCAGAACAGAGCUUUCCCCAUGCACAAGGGGACUCAACUUGGGUGCUAAAACCACUGCUGAGAUCCAGAGACCAUCCAGCUGAAACAGUGUUUGGCUCAUACUAAAAAUGGGUUUGGAGACAUUACAUUAUUAAUUGUGACCAUUAGCACUGCUACCUGUUGCUAUGGUAAAAUUUGUGGUGCUGGUGCACUCAGGUGCACACAUCUCGUGUGCUUUAUCUAUAUCUGAACACAAACUCCUUCCUGAUAGGAAGCUAAGGAUUACACACACACACACACACACACACACCCCACCAACUGACAGUGGACACCUGAAUCAAGUUGGAAGUUAUGAUGGACACAUGGACUAUGAUGGACACAGCAGCAGAUCUCAGAACCUGAAGGCUUGGGUAGGUGGAUGUUCCUCAGACCCAUGUUUCCCCAGCCAUCUGCCCAACUCUGCUUCCCCAAAGCAGCAAAAAGAAGUGGAUUGGAAGGCUGAUGAAAUACCUGGUGCUGACUGAACCUGGUCUGUAAACAAGUUACGAAUCCAUGAGUGGUACAAGGACUGGGGUACCCUAAAAAGUCCAGCAGCUGCCAAUUUCCAAUAGAGUACAGUCCUAUUACCAAGGUACAUCUGGAAAGGCUGUAGAAGAAGCAGCUUCAGAUAUGACAGAAUGUAUGGAUGGUUCAUCAUCCUAGGGUGAAAUAGCAGGGCCAGAAUUUGUUAUCUCUUUUGAAGAAACCUCUCCAGACUGCAAAUUGUGAUGUUUGUGUUCUAUUUAUUUACAUGAGAUUAUUUUAAGGUUUUGAUAUUGUAUUUAAGGGUGUAUAUAGUUCUUUCUUUAAAAAGGAUGUCUCUGCUCCAAAGGAAGGCAGAUGUUCUUAUAGUGAAAGCAAGUCUGUGGCAUGUGAGAGCAAGUUAUCUGCUACUUGGCUGUGAGGGAGGGCAAGUCCCUGUAAGAAAAGGAAAGCAUGACCUCAAUGCUGGUAGUUAUAAAAUAGGUGAAACAUUGUCAACCAAUGGCAACAGAUCUUAGGAACCAAAGCAGAGAGAAAAACAGGUCAGUGGCCCUGGGAUCAGUCUGCCUCAGGACAUUGGUAGAAGAAAGCAGUUACAAGUCUUGCAGCAGGAAGGGAAGCGUGGGUUGCUGUUACUGGUCUGAGCUGGAGCCCAGCUGUGACAAGAGCACAGCAGAGAGGUGGAGGUGCCAUUCUCCAUGCAGUCAAGCAGCCUGUGAGACCCAUAGUGGAUUAUCUGUGAGGAAUGAGGCAGCACUCAUGGAGAACUACACAUACUCCUAGCAAUGCUUCCCAGGGAAGGCUUCAUGUUAGAGAAAUAUAUACUGGUACUAAUACUCAAGAGGGGUACAGAGGAGUAGGAUGAUUCAGUGGCAGAGCAGGAGCAGGAGCAAGGAGUGGGACCCUGUUUUAAGUGACUGGUCCGCUAAAUAUGUGAUUUUUGACCCCUCAGUAUCUCAGUUCCCUGUCUAAAAAUGGGGAUAGUAGCACUUCCCUACCUCACAAAAAUGUUUCUGGGAGAAAUAUUGAAAAGUGCUCAAGUACUGUGAUGAUGGGGAUCAUGUCAGUAUCUGGAAGAGGUACAAGGAAGAGACCCUGAAAUUAGCUUGAGGCAACUAAAAGAGUUAAUGCAGAGCUAACUCCACCUCCAGAAGCAUGCCCCAGUGGAUAAGAGAAACUUCCCUGCACAGGCAUGAAUUAAAAUGAUCAGAAGAACCCGCUAUGUAAUUCUGUAACCCUACAUAAAGUCUUAGGAAGAGCAAGACUCCAUCUCACAAAGCUUGAAUCCUUGCCCUUUUUGUCUCUUAUUCUCGUUACAUCAACAUUUGUUUUCAUACAUCAGAAGAAUAAAAGCUUUGGUCUCUAA